AUGGACUACCAACAAUCUCAUCAAGUCGACUACAUUAGUACUGUCAAUUCAGUAAAUUCGCAGUUGCAGGACUUUGGUAUAGGAUCCACUAUUGGUAGUGCCAAUCCUAUCAGCGGGUCGUCAACUCCGUUAGGUGGUGUACCGCAAAUACACAGGUCAGUUUCUCUGAUGGAUACUUUGGGAAUACAAAGAACUCAAUCUCCAUUCCAUAACGCUCCUGGGAAUGAUUCUCCAAGCAUUUUUUCUCAGCAGACUUCUAUUCAUUGGAACAUGAAUUCCGGGAUCAAUACUGGCGGUGGGGAGAUACCGUUCAACGCUGCUGGGCCUGGAAAUGGGAUGGCAGCAGGGACCGGGACUGGUGAUAUUCAUACUCCAAUAUCCCGUCCACCUGGCAUUAUUACGAACGUGCAGCAAACUUCGUGGCAGUACUUGGACCAUUCAAAUCAAGUUCAAGGGCCUUUCGAUUCUGAAAUAAUGGAUCAAUGGUAUAAUGCUGGGUUUUUCAACGAAUCUUUGCAUUUAAUGCCUAUGAAUAGUGAUGAUCCCUUUCAUUUUUCUGGUCGCUUUAUCAUGUUCAAUGAUUUAUUAUCAAAGACCGGGAUCAUCAAUCCAUUCCAUGCGUUUGAUAUGAUUUGUUUCAACCAUGCACUCGCUUCUGCUGCUGCGCCAUCAAAUAAUAUGAUGAACUUUGGCCAAAAGGGGAGUAGCACUUCCCUGAUGCAGCAGCAUGUAUUGGGCCAAUCGCAGGCCCAUCCUGCCAAUCUGUCUCAAAGACAACCCAAGCCAUUCGAUCUUCCUGCAUCUAAUACUACGAUAAGCUCUUCGUCCACUACUCCAGUGCCAGUAUUACAGAAUAUGAUAUCUAAAGGGUUGCACUUCGACAAUAAUACCUAUGCGAAUAUUGACAGGAACUUCCAAUCUCCAGAUUUAUCCCAUUCUCAAAUUUUGCAGUUGAAAAAUGAGGACGGCUCUUACUACCAGAACACUACAGUUUCCGUACCGUUUUCCAAACACGUACAGGCAGUUGAUUCUUUUGAAUUGCCAUUAGAAUCUGUAAGUGAUAAAAGCACUGGUUCCUUCGCAGCUAAAUCGGAUACGUACCAAUUAGCACCGCAAACAUAUCAAACUACACAACCAAUUCGAUCAGUUGAUGCAACUUCCAUUAAAGACCAAUAUCAACCGACCAAUGCUCAAACGGAGGCUUCCAACUCCACUGCCAACGAUAUAUUACAGCAGAAUAUCCCGGCGAAGGAACCCUCCACUGAUCCUACUACAAACUCUGUAUCGGUCGAAAAGUCAAAAGAAGCGCCCGUAAAGGCUAAGACGGAGAAGAAGUUCAACGCUGAUGUCAUCCAACAAUUGAUUUUGGAGGAAGAACUCGAACGUAAGAAAAAGGAAGAGAAAAAGAAGAAGAAGGAACAAAAACCCAAGAAUAUCGAGGAGAACAGCAAAGUUAACAACCGCACGACUAGUUCUCAAUCGAAAUCAGAUGAAAAGAAGGAAGCCUCACCAUGGAGUGCUACUCCUAAGCCUGCUGUUCAAACCAAGAGCUUAUCUGAUAUUCAGAGAAGAGAUGCUGAAGAGAAGAGAAAACGAGAAGCCGAACGUGAGAGAAAAGAACGUGAAGCAGCGUUGAAACUUCAACAUGCCCUUUUGGCAGAGGAACAAAAGACAAAGUUCAAUGUUUCCUCCGUAGCGAGCUGGGCAAAUCCAGUUGGAACGAAAGCUCCUGCUAAAGCCCCUGUUAAAACUACUUCACGAUCCACUCCAGAACCAUCCGCGGAUAGUAUCAAAUAUAUCGAAGAGCAACGUAGAAUCUUGGAAGAAAUACAAAACUCUCAAAACAAGUCAUCUGCGUCACCUAGCUCCGAUUCUUGGUCUACAAUUGCUAAAAAGAAGACAAGUUUGGACUCUCCAAGACCAGCCCCUCAGAUUAACAACUCAUUUUUGAACCCUGGCAACACCAAGAAGAAAAUUUUGCACGGCUCUUCAAUUUCCAUCCCAACUCUGAAAAAGGGUGUUACCUCUUCUCCAAUCAAUUAUUCAGGUAAUCAAUCCACUUCUGCAAGGAGGCAAUUUUUGAGCUGGUGUAGAUCUCAAAUGAAACUAGCACCUGGUGUUAAAGUGGAUUCUGUUUUAGAGAUGUUACUCUCUUUACCACCAAGCAUGGAUUCCAAGGAAAUCAUCUCUGAUACUAUCUACGCUAACAGUUCAGUGAUGGAAGGUCGUUCCUUUGCAUCAGAAUUUAUUAAAAGACGUAUUGAAUGCGAGAAAUCAUUGAAUGAUCCUUUAACAUGGUCAGAAGCUCUUGCUCUUCCACAGGGAAGCGCUGAUGAUUGGGAAUUCCAAGUUGUGAGUAAGAAAAAAGGUAAAAGGAACUAG